ACAUUAUGAGAUUCUUAAAUUUUCAUUCUGAACCUGUGUCUGCAGCUGUAGCACUUGUUGCAACUAUAGCUUUAAUAUUCUUUGCACUGCAAACUAGUUUCAAAAGGUUCCAUAGCAGGAAAGGAAAGCAGCAUGUGAUUGGAGGCACUGUGUUAGACCAGUUUUUCAACUUCCAUAGGCUGCAUGAUUUCAUGACUGACCAUGCAACAAAACACAAGACUUAUCGGUUGCUUAGCUUAUUCAGGAAUGAGGUUUACACUGCAGACCCUGUGAAUGUUGAGUAUAUCCUCAAAACAAACUUUGCAAACUAUGGGAAGGGGUGGUACCACCAUGGUAUUUUGACAGAUCUUUUAGGUGAUGGAAUAUUCACGGUAGAUGGAGAAAAGUGGCAACAUCAGAGGAAAGUGGCAACCCAAGAAAUCUCCACCAAAGCUGUGAAAGAUUUUAGCCUUCAAGUGUUUCAAUCUAAUGCAGUAACACUUGCAAGAGUUGUUUCAGAAGCUGCUAUAUCAAAUAAAGCAAUUGACUUCCAAGAUUUAUUUAUGAAAGCCACCUUAGACCAAGUGUUUAAGAUCAUCAUUGGUGUAGACUUGGACACAAUGUGUGGAACAUAUGAAGAAGGCACCAAAUUCUCCAAUGCCUUUGAUGAAGCGAGUGGCCUAACCCUAUACCGGUAUGUUGAUAUCUUAUGGAAGAUCAAGCGGUUCCUCAAUAUCGGAUCGGAAGCAGUACUGAGGAACCAAAUUAAAGUUGUUGAUGAAUUUGUGUAUGAACUUAUCAGCAAAAGGACUGAGCAAAUCCAAAAGCCUCAACAUGAUUCACAUAUGAUAAAAGCAGACUUGGUGUCAAGGUUUCUGGCAUUGGAAGAGACAGAUCCAAAGUACUUAAGAGACAUUAUCCUCAGCUUCAUAAUUGCAGGAAGAGACACAACAGCUGUUACUCUUUCCUGGUUCCUUUACUUGCUCUGCAAGAAUCCUCAUGUCCAAGAAAAAAUUGCACAAGAAGUCAGAGAUACUACAAAGUUGAAGAACACUUGUAAUAUUGAUGAAAUUACAAAUGCCUUAACUGAAGGGACUCUUCAAAAGAUGAACUAUUUGCAUGCUGCUUUGACCGAGACACUUAGACUCUACCCGGCUGUUCCUGUGGAUGGUAAACUUUGUUUAUCAGAUGAAACUCUGCCAGAUGGAUUCAGUGUGAAGAGAGGUGACAUGGUAUCUUAUUUACCAUAUGCCAUGGGCAGGAUGGAAUUCCUAUGGGGAAAUGAUGCCGAGGAAUUCCGUCCGGAGAGAUGGCUUGAUCAGAAUGGAGCUUUCCAACAACAGAGUUCUUUCAAGUUCACAGCCUUUCAGGCAGGACCAAGAAUAUGUCUAGGAAAAGAUUUUGCCUACAGACAGAUGAAGGUUUUUGCUGCUGUUCUUUGCCAUGGCUACAAAUUCAAGCUUGCUUUCAAAAACGAAGAAGUUAAUUAUAUAGUUAUGCUGACUCUGCACAUUGAUGGUGGUCUUCAUGUGCAUGCCUCCCACAGAUAGGGUCCAUUAUGUGCUACUACUACAUUACGAUCAUUUAUGUUUGGAAUAUUCU